AAGUAGCAAAGCAACUAAAACUUCAAAAAGUCUCAACAAAAGCUUCCACUCCUCGUCGCCGGGCUAUACGAUUCAUAACGGGCCAUUUAUAGUGACGAAUCCAUCAUUCUGAUCUUGUCAAUAUAAUCUUUCUCUGAACCAUGGCCGCUGGCUUUUCCAAUCCUAGAGUUUCAAAGAAUCCGCAAAAUACACAACUGAGGUAGCUUCAAAUUAUCCUUCGAGGAAAUAAUUUCUCUAACAUUCUUAGUUACGAAUUGCCACAUCGCAUUCAUACUACCAAAGUGUGCCCCUUACCCUCUCCCAAUGGAUCUACGAUUAUCUUACAAGGCAAUGAAAAUGGUGUGAAAAUUAUAUGGAGAGGUGGCAGACCUUUCAAAUUGCCGCAGGAAAUAACUCCAAAGGCUGCACAAACAAACGGGUCAAGUAAAGCUGUCAUAUCACUUGACUCGGAUGAGGAUGAACCCUCUAAAACACCUUUCGAGGAUAAACCCGAGUUCGAAGAUGAAGAACAGGAGAUUGACCCAAGAAGGCCAUACCCAAGCGUUUUGCAGACACUAGAUUUACAAUUUGGUACCGAUGUUCUUCAUAUCAGCGUUUUACCGAACUCGGUACUAAAAGCAAGUGGGGCACCCUGGCGUGGAAUCGAUCCAUUGAAACAAAAAAUUGUUUUCGCCGCAACCUGCGGUGAUAAUACUAUUCGACUGAUCACACUACCACUUACGCCGCCAUCUCCUCUAACUAAGGACCGUGAUGAAUUUCGACUUACUCCUGCGAUAGCAAACAUCGGAAAUGGAAAAUGGGGAGAGACUAUGAUUAUUUUGACUGGCCACCAAAAAACUUGUGACGGUGUAUCUAUGACCAUUGAUUUUGAGGGAAAGCAAUCUUCAACGAAAGACGAAUCAAAUACUGGACCAGAAACACAAAUCAUUGUUGCUUCACAUUCAAAAGAAAUUACUGGAUUAUUACAGCUAUGGCGCAUACCACUGCCGAUACCAUCUUCAUCAACUAUGAUAUUACCAUUCCAAUCCAUAUAUAUGCCAUCUCCGGCCGUCAGCAUUUCUUUCAACCCAUCAUUCUCAGAACAUCAUUCGAGUCAUUUACUUGUCGCCGAUAAUCUAGGCACUUGUCGAAUCUAUAACUAUAAGCUUCUAGUGAACCCAUCGGAAGAUCCCGAGAGUGCGAUUUCUGAGCAAGGAUCUUGGCUGAUAUCUUUAUAUCCUGGAUUUAAAAGUAUUAAACCUGAUUCACAAGCACCUCAAAAGAACACGUAUUCUGGAUUCGGUCGAAAGUUAGUCGUAGAUGCAAAAUGGAUAUACGGUGGUAAGGCAAUUAUAGCACUGUUGAAUGAUGGAGAAUGGGGCGUGUGGGACAUAUAUGGAGUAGGACCAGGCGCGAAAAGAGGUGUCCUUGGUCAGCAAUCCAUAAAAGGAGGUUCACGAACAGACUUCAACCUUACUGGUUAUGUUGAAGGUGCUACAAAAUCUAGCUCAAAAACCUCAGGUCCUCCACAAAUUGCCCAAUCAAAAUUCGCUCCCAUGACUCCUGGGACCCGUAAGACGACGGAUCUAUUCAGCAAUAAAGUUCAAUCCUCUGGUCCAAUUCGUGGAAGUAUAUCAGUACUCGAUGUCCCGUCGACAUCUACUCAUUUAGCAUUCGAAGAGUCCGUUCUUUUCUGGCUUGGUGAAUCAUACACCCUCAUCCCAUCUCUUUCGAAAUACUGGUCUGCCAAUCCCCGCAGGGGUCAAUCUUCAACAAACAUUUUCAACACAUCUCCUGGCUCUCGGCCCAUCAAGUUAGAACAUGUAGACCUAUUAGGUGAACGUUGCACUGGUAUCGAACAAGCUCCUAAAUCCUCAAUUUCAUCGCAAUCUAGGACUGAGAUAUCAAGCGAUAUUUUCAUAAUGGGUGAACACAGAUUUACCAUUUUCAUUGGCGGAAAAUCUGUAAGGCCAAAACCAAACCAGAAUGCAUAUGCAUUACAAUUGGUACGAAACGGAGAGGAUGAAGAUGAAGAUAUAGCGAACGAUAGAAUGAUAGGUGUGGGUAGCGGCGAAUUAGAUGUAAAUGAUAUUGAUAGGGCCUUAGCGAGGAUGGAAAAUAAUGAAAGGCCUGGUGGAAGAUUGUUAUUUGGUGGCAAAGGAAAAUGGUAGUAUAUGAAUGGCAGAGGAUGAGAGAAGAUAGGAAAGGAGAUCAUGAGAAAGAUAGAUACCCCGUGAUGUUUAAUUGGGAAUAUAGUUGUAUUCCCUGCUUUUUCCCUUUUCCCUUUUCGAUUUGUUCUUUUCUUUCAUUUUCCCUCCUCACUUUUCUGCUCAAACCCAAGUGACGAAUAGAAUAUUACGCAUCGUGACUACAUACACCAUCUCCACCAACCUCUUAAUCACACCUCCCCAACCCCGCUCUCCGCAAGGCAAGGUGGAGUACAAGGCGAGACUAUUCCUUGAAACUCUGUAAUCCAUGCGGUACAUCAAACCAAAACCUCAAAAUCAUAAGUCUCUUUCUUUUUCUAUGACCAUGGAUGAAUACCCAUUGCUCAUAGGGAGUAAAGAGAGCAGCGAUAUACUGGUACCUACUUUCUUUCGAGAAUGUGUGGAGGUGUAUGUUGUAGGGUGAGUUCUUCUACUCCUGCGCGUCUCGGUCGUUUGUUGCGAUGGCGAUGCUGACGCCGGUGUGGCGUGUGGGUGAUAUGGGACUUGUA